AAAAUCUUUUUAACCUAACUUUUUAUAAGAUUGGUUUCUAUAGCAAUUAGUCACAAACAUAGAGUAAUGAUUGUUAUCUUACAAUAAUUUUGUGUAAGCGGUAUUUUAGAAAUGCCCUUACGUCUUUCAUCUUUAAUGGAACAUGCCAUUAUUGGAUCUAUUUUCACAACGCUAUUUCUAGUAUACAAUUAUUCCUUGCACAGAAUUGAAGAGGGUCAUGUUGGUGUUUAUUUCAGAGGAGGUGCUUUGUUACCUACUACAAGUUUACCAGGUUAUCAUAUGAUGAUACCUUUGUUAACGUCAUAUAAACCAGUGCAGGUAACGUUACAAACCGAUGAAGUAAAAAAUGUACCAUGUGGAACAAGUGGUGGUGUUAUGAUAUAUUUUGAUCGAAUUGAAGUCGUAAAUCAUUUAAAUUUUAACAGUGUACUGGAUAUUGUUAGAAACUACACUGCAGACUAUGACAAAACGUUAAUUUUCAACAAAGUUCAUCAUGAAUUAAAUCAAUUUUGUAGCAUACACACUUUACACGAAGUAUAUAUAGAUCUGUUUGAUCAAAUCGAUGAAAAUUUAAAACAGGCUUUGCAAAGAGAUUUGUUGGAAAUGGCCCCUGGUUUAACUAUUCAGGCCGUUAGAGUCACAAAGCCGAAAAUACCUGAAGUUAUACGAAAGAAUUAUGAAUUAAUGGAAGGUGAAAAAACAAAAUUGCUAAUAGCAACCCAACAUCAAAAGGUUGUGGAAAAAGAUGCCGAAACUGAAAGAAAGAAAGCUAUCAUUGAAGCUGAAAAAGAAGCGCAAGUGGCAAAAAUCCAAUAUGAACAGAAAAUCAUGGAAAAGGAGUCUUUGCAGAGGAUCUCCCAAAUAGAUGAUGAAAUGCACUUGGCAAGACAAAGAAGUCAUGCUGAUGCAGAAUUUUAUAAACUAAAACAACAGGCUGAGGUUAACAAAGUAUUGUACACAGCAGAAUUUUUAGAACUGAAAAAAUACGAGUCGCUUUCUCAGAACACUAAAGUGUAUUUUGGAAACCAAAUACCCCAUACUUACUUAGGGACAAACUGUGAGAGAUCGUAUUUAGUACCAGGAACAAGUGAGGUUACUGCUGAGAGUAAGGAAAACUCAUAAAAACUGCCAUGUGUAGGCAAAGUACUUUUAUAGGGUAGUAGAUAUAUCUUGAGAAAUGUGUUUUUAUGAUUGAAGGUAAUUAAAUUUG